UCGAGCUGAGAUUUCUCUGUUUCAAGACGUUGCUUGAUAAUACGAGUGCCCUUACUACAUACAUAGAGACGCGUGCAGCAUAUAGUAUAUAAAACAAAUCUAAAGCUUCUAUUUAGUUGUCGUUGUUGUUGUUGCGAACGCUUUGUUUAUAAAUAUUUGAAGCCAAAUCAAAAUUAUGAAAUCAACAAAAGCAUUGCACAAGUUUGUGCCGUUGCUGCUGCUGCUGUUGCUGCUGCUGCUCGUCGAUGUUUGGAGUCAUCCAAUGCCGGAUGUGACUGAGUCACAGCAAUCCAUGUUGCUCAUUCAAAACAAUGUGAGACCCGAAGAUGCCAAGAACUAUGAAAUAGCUAUGCCAAAGGAGCCGAAGCCUGGGGAGCCCUGUCUGACAAUCAGCUGGAAGACCAAUCCGGAUGGCACUGGACCCGAGGAUCCUCAGAUUUAUCUAGUCAAUGGAUACCUCAAGAUCAUGACACAGUCACAAGCGGCAAACAUCCGACAGUAAUCAAGAUUUGUAAGAACUAAGAACUGUUUCAUAUGCAGCCAUAUUCAUCUCGGAUAAUGCCAAGACUUCCAGAUGGCACCUGCUGCAUUACACCAAUUAUAUAAAAGUCUGUUUCAUUCGAUUGAUUUAUCAUUUUACAAUUUAAAUUAUUA